GAAGUCGAUUGUAGGAAAAAUCAUUUUCUCUGUUAGAAUAUUAUUGGAAAAAAUUUAUUUAAUUUUUGUUGCCAAAAUGCCAAAAUUUUUACGAAUAUUAGCCAUAAUUAGUUUAGUAUGUGUAAGUCAUAUAAGUUGUAGCCGUAAUCAUACGAUUGUCGCGCGAAAAGAAUGUAUCGACGGUUUAGUAAUACCAUGUUGGAGGCCAUAUGAAAAUUUACAAACGAUUCAAGUCGUUGGACGAGGCUGUGUAUAUUUUUUAGUUUUAUUAUAUUUAUUUAUUGGUGUUUCAAUAAUUUCCGAUCGUUUUAUGGCCGCUAUAGAAGUGAUUACGUCACAAGAACGUGAAGUAAAAAUUAAAAUACGUAAUCCGAAAAAAGAGGUGCAGGAUGAACAAAUUAUUGUGGUUCGUGUUUGGAAUGAAACAGUGGCAAAUUUAACAUUAAUGGCCUUAGGUUCAAGUGCUCCAGAAAUAUUAUUAUCGAUUAUAGAAAUUUAUGCGAAAAAUUUUCAAGCUGGUGAAUUAGGUCCGUCAACAAUUGUUGGCUCAGCCGCAUAUAAUUUAUUUGUUAUAAUUGCAAUAUGUGUUUUGGUUAUACCAAAUGGGGAAGUUCGUAAAAUUAAACAUUUACGUGUGUUUUUUGUCACAGCAACAUGGUCGGUUUUCGCUUACGUUUGGUUAUAUUUAAUAUUAGCGGUGAUUACUCCCGGAGUUGUUGAUGUUUGGGAAGGUGCUAUUACAUUUUUAUUCUUCCCGACAACAGUGCUGACAGCGUAUAUUGCCGAUCGAAGAUUGUUAAUUUAUAAAUAUUUACAUAAGGAUUUUCGUAUGAAUCAACGAGGAACUAUUGUUCAAGUGGAAGCUUUAAACGGUCCUACCGAUCAACCGAUUGAAUUAAAUGGCCUUGAAUCACAACAGGAUUUAAUAACUCCUAUCGAUGAUGACUUCGAACUAACACGCAACGAAUACAUUAACACAUUAAAAGAUUUACGGAAAAAAUAUCCACAUUACGAGCUGGAACAACUCGAAUAUAUGGCACACGAGAUUGUACUCAAUAAUGGACCGAAAUCACGUGCAUUCUAUCGUAUACAAGCGACACGGAAAAUGAUGGGUUCGGGUGGGAAUAUUUUACGGAAAAUUUCCGAACGUGCACAAAGUGAUUUAAGUGAAAUUAAAGCGGAAUUACAGCAAAAAGAUUGUAUCGAGGAAACUUUGGAAUCGGAUGUAGCGAAUAAAACGGUUAGUAAAGUAUAUUUUGAGCCAGGACAUUAUACGGUCAUGGAAAAUUGUGGAGAGUUUACCGUACGUGUUGUACGUACAGGGAAUUUAGAUCAACAAUUUAGUGUGGAAUAUCAAACGGAAGAUGGAACUGCUGAAGCGGGAACUGAUUAUAUUAAAAAACAUGGAACGUUACAUUUCAAUCGGAAUGAAACGGAAAAACGUAUUCAAUUACAAGUAAUUGACGAUGACGUUUUCGAACAGGAUGAACAUUUUUAUAUCCGAUUAAAAAACGUUCACCAUGAUAAACAAGACGCUGGUGGGAUUGUAGAAUUAGCUUCACCAAUGUUAGCCACUGUUAUGAUUCUAGAUGAUGAUCAUGCCGGGAUUUUUAAUUUUAUUCAUAAAGAUUAUGAAAUUAUUGAAAGUGUAGGACAAUUUGAAUUGCAAGUACGAAGAUAUUCGGGCGCACGUGGACGUGUUAUUCUACCGUUUUGGACGAUAGAUGGUACAGCGAAAAAUGGUAAAGAUUUUGAACCGGUUCAAGAUGGUCAACUUGUGUUUGAAAAUAAUGAAACUGAAAAAAUAAUCCAAUUAAAUAUAAUUGAAGAGGACAGUUAUGAAAAAGAUGUAUUAUUUUAUGUUCAACUAGGAGAACCCCGUAUGUCGGGUGAUGAAGUAGCAUCAAUUGCAGAAAGAGCUGAACUAAAACCACCGGAUCAAUUGACAAAAGAAGAAAAAAUGGCAUUAUUGGGACGACCAAUACUUGGUGAUUUAAAUCGGGCACAAAUACGUAUUAAAGAGAGUAAGGAAUUUAAGAACACGGUUGAUAAAUUGGUACAACGUGCGAAUGCAUCCAUCAUUGUGGGUACCUCAUCAUGGAAAGAACAAUUCAUUGAUGCGUUGACCGUAAGUCCUGGUAAUGACGACGAUGAUGAUAAAGCUGCUGGUAAAGUAGAUAUCGAUAGUGGUGGAGAUGUGGAAUCGAUAAAUACAAAUAAGACGGCGAUGAAUCAGUCACCAUCGGCAUUUGAUUAUAUUAUGCAUUUUUUAACAGUUUUUUGGAAAGUAAUCUUUGCAUUCGUACCACCAACUGAUAUUUGUGGUGGUUAUUUAUGUUUUGUGGUAUCAAUAUUUGGUAUUGGAGUUGUUACAGCUGUUAUUGGUGAUGUUGCUUCACAUUUUGGUUUCACAUUAGGAAUUGAAGAUUCGGUGACAGCAAUUGUUUUUGUUGCAUUAGGCACAUCAAUACCUGAUACAUUUGCAAGUAAAGUCGCUGCAAAACAAGAUAAAUACGCGGAUGCAAGUGUUGGAAAUGUGACAGGAAGUAAUGCAGUUAAUGUGUUCCUUGGUAUUGGUGUUGCAUGGUCAAUAGCUGCCGUUUACCAUGAAUGGAAUGGCAACAAAUUUAGAGUUAAUCCUGGAAAUUUAGCAUUUUCGGUAACGAUAUUUUGUACGGAAGCAUUCAUAUGUAUAUCAAUCUUAUUAGUACGGCGUACAAAAUGUGUUGGUGGUGAAUUAGGUGGCCCAAAAUUAUGUAAAUGGAUUACAGCAUUUUUUAUGUUUAGUUUAUGGUUAUUUUAUUUAUUAAUGUCUAUAUUAGAAGUCUAUGGUGUUGUAGAAGGAUUCUAAAACAAAACUAUACUACAUACCUACCCAUCAUACCCAAUCUUCUUAACCAACCUAAAUACAAUAAAUAAAAUAUAAAUAAAUCUACAAUAUUGUACAUUAAUUAUAUUUAAUAAGUCUAUGAUCAUCAUCUUCAGUUAUGUUCACUGCAAAUUCUAAUGUUUUAUUUCUACAUACAGAACUACUUCUCUAGCUCAAUUUGGGGAAGUUUUGGGGGUAUUUCGUAACUUACCAUCCCCAAAAAAAACACUUUCCUGAUACUAAAUUAACCUGCAUAUAGAUUUAUAAGCAUCUAAUUCAAUUUGGAAAGACUAUGAAGGUGGGUAAAGUUUCUGAAACCUAAAAAAAUUAAAUUUUGUGAAGGCGUUGGAAUGUUGAUAUCUUCGAAAAGACUUUCUUUCACAUUUAUAAUAUAAAGGCAUAGGGAUAGGGAUUUAGGAAGUUCUGCAAUCAAUUAUAGAACACUUUCUAUAUCAGGUAUCUCCAAAAAUCCAUAAAAUAUGUUCUGGUGGAUAUAAAAUGGAAUUAGAGCACAUUUUACCUGCUUUUCCCUGCGGUAUAGUUCAUAAAUUUACAUUUUCGGUACUCAAAAUAACUACUUAAACAAACUAAAUUUAAUUAAGACACUUUAUGUUUCUGAAUGAUUCAAAUCAUGCAUCCCGAAGGUACAUAAUAAUAAUAAUAAUAAUGGGGUUUAACCUCCGUUUCUCUGACAUAUGCGCCUAUAACAGAGACCACCCACAUCAUUAUUUGUUAAUCUUUAUUU